AUGGCAAGUAUGCGAACGGUUUUGUUGCGUCCCAGUAAGUAUUUGCGACGGCAUCUGUCCACAGAUGUCGUGAAGCUUUCUUACAAUGUUUACGGCGAACAAGACGACGAAGCCCGUUCGAAACCGCCUGUUGUUUUCGUCCACGGUAUGCUGGGUCACAAAUCGAAUCUGUCAUCGGUGUGCAAAGCGAUUCAUCAGCGGCUCCACCGAAUGGUGGUGGCUCCGGAUCUAAGGAACCAUGGCCACAGUCCUCAUGUGGCAACCAAAAUGACCAUUCAGAAUAUGGCCGAUGACGUAUUGGCGAUGCUCGACGACUUCAGCUGCCGUCGGGUCGGCGGCGGUGUGUCGUUGAUCGGCCACAGCUUGGGCGGGAAGAUCGUCGGCCUGCUUGCGUUGAAGAACCCGUCCGUGGUCGGUUCAGUGGUGAUCGAGGACGUCGCCCUGCGA